AUGGAAAGAAUGAACCAGACAAUUGUGACAGAAUUCAUUCUCUUGGGACUGUUGGAUGACCCUAGCAUCCAAUCUGUCCUUUUUGCUACAGGGCUGUUGAUAUACAUGUUCACAUUAGCAGGGAAUCUGGCAAUUAUUGCUUUGAUACGGACUGCCCAGCACCUCCAGAAUCCAAUGUACUUCUUGCUGAGCAAUCUGGCAUUUACUGAGAUCUGCUACAUCAGCUCCACCAUGCCAAAGAUGUUAUGGGAUCUCGUGGCAGGGAAUAACACCAUCUCCUUUGCUGGCUGUGCAUUCCAGAUGUUCUGCUUUCUAACCACAGUAGCUACGGAAGGUGCUUUACUCUCAGUCAUGGCAUAUGAUCGCUAUGCUGCCAUUUGCCACCCAUUGCACUAUACAUUGCUCAUGAGCCAACCUGUGCUCAGAUGGCUUGUCGCAAUGUCAUGGGCGAUUGGAGGAGUUAACGGCACUGUCGAUACUGCCUUUGUUUUCUCCUUGAACUUCUGUGGUCCCAAUAAGAUAGUGCACUUCUUUUGUGACAUCCCACCUGUCUUGCAGCUGUCAUUCUCUACUUGUGCCUCCCAUCUUACUGUGGUGAGUAUCUUUUACAGCACAGGUAUCUUCACUUACCUGAGACCUUCUUCUGGCCGCUCCAAGGAAGAUGGCCGUUUGAUCUCUGUGCUGUAUACCAUCAUCACCCCUUUGCUGAACCCUCUAAUCUACAGCCUCAAAAACAAAGAAAUGCAGGCAGCACUUCUGAAUGUUCUUGGAAAGAAGCAACAUAGUCAGCUCUGA